GCUGUGGAUAAAGAGGACACUUAGAGCCUCAUACUCGUUCUUCCUGUUAUUUUCAGGUCCUUCAACAGUUACUCCCCGCCAUGCCCGAGCCCGCCAAGUCGGCCCCGGCGCCGAAGAAGGGCUCGAAGAAGGCGGUGACCAAGGCGCAGAAGAAGGACGGCAAGAAGCGCAAGCGCAGCCGCAAGGAGAGCUACUCGGUGUACGUGUACAAGGUGCUGAAGCAGGUGCACCCCGACACGGGCAUCUCGUCCAAGGCCAUGGGCAUCAUGAACUCGUUCGUCAACGACAUCUUCGAGCGCAUCGCGGGCGAGGCGUCCCGCCUGGCGCAUUACAACAAGCGCUCGACCAUCACGUCGCGGGAGAUCCAGACGGCCGUGCGCCUGCUGCUGCCCGGGGAGCUGGCCAAGCACGCCGUGUCCGAGGGCACCAAGGCCGUCACCAAGUACACCAGCGCCAAGUGAGCCCGCCUGCUGCAGAGCAAUCGAGGCUCACCUUUUCUGACAUCACCGAAUCAGCCUCUUGGGAGAUUUCAAGAGUAAAGCAGAUGUAUGGUAUUAAAAAACAAAACCAAUUAACAUAAAGCACAAGGAUAUUUUUUUCCAGACUUGAAUAAGGAUAAAAAGUUCCUAUCAAGUCCUACAGAGUUGAACAUACAUAAGCUGCAGAAGGGAGAUGUCAAUGGUGGGAGCCGCCGGAAAGCUUCCAGGAAUGCCAGAAUGUCCCCAGAAAUAGUCUGCGAUGCUGGAACGUCCGUUGCAUCAGCCCUGGGUAAGCCAAUUGGUCCCUGUGCCUCAUGGAAUAGUCCCAAACUCCUUGUCUUCCCAGCAGCUUACCUGUGGACGUGUGAACAACCAGGGGGCCUUGAUUUGGAGACGAGGUGGACAGCUCUUAAAGGAAAAGGGCCCCUCACACAGAAGUCCCCCCCAGUUGCUGACACCCCGGCCAGCUCUGGGUCUGCAAAGCCAGUCCGCUGGCUUUGAACUCGGGCAGCAACCAUGAGAUUUACAUUCAGCUUUAGCUCAGUGAACAGAAAAGGCACAGCAGGACAUUGAAAUACAAGUGGUGGUCCACCUCUGUGGGAUCCACUGUGACACUGGCUAGCUGUACCUUAGACCUUAAGAACAAAUGGGGACUCAGCUCUCCUCAGAUUACAACACAGAGGCCUGGUGAUCCCAAAGAAGGAAUGAACUUCCCACAGCCACCUCCCGGGAGGCCUUUGCACAGUGAGCUCAUCGCAGAUGCCUCCCGCCUGUGUAUCAGACCUGUCCUCUCUCCGUAAAAUCAGUCCACGAUGUUGAAGAACUGCCCUUUCUGGAACUUCAGUAGUUAGACACGGAGUGAGAACACGCUCUGGGAAAGACAAAGCCCACUGCACCUCCUUGUCCUGGGACAAGCUAUCCCCAAACCUUAGUUUUCACUUUCUGUUUUCCUGUCCUUUUUUUUCUGAGAUGUUGUACCGGCCUAGAAGGAAAGAAAUGAAAAUAAAUGUGUCUUUGGGGGGCACGGGGUGAGAUGGAAGAAGGGGGCCAGUUAUCACUAAGUGUGUCCUUGGGGAAACAGGCAAUGCAAAAAAACACGGCCAUUGUCCUAAAGGACAUAUAUCCUAAUACAGGAAACUGAAGGAGCUUUAUACACGAUCUAUCUGAUUAAUGCAUCAUGAUCUAGUGUGCUGUAUUCUUUUUCUUUUUUAACAUUUUAUUUAUUUAUUUAUUUGACAGACUGCGAGCAGAAUACAAGCAGGGGGAGUGGGAGAGGGAGAAGCAGACUCCCCGAUGAGCAGGGAGCCCGAUGCGGGGCUCGAUCCCAGGCCCCUGGGACCAUGACCUGAGCUGAGUUCAGACGCUUCACCGACUGAGCCACCCAGGCGCCCCCUAGUGUGCUGUGUUCUGAGGGAGAUGGAACAGAAUGGGCAAAUUCUUCAAAGUAGAACCAGCAUUCAGGGCUCAGGUAACGCGGUACCAAGGGAAACGAGCCUGGAUUCAUUUGUGCAGGAAGAGAAGCAUUGUUUGGAAAAGGUUUUUAACGAGGCAAGUGACAUUUUAGAGAUUUUUAAUUUGGCAGAAGCGUGCAGGGAUAAGACUGGGCAAGAAGGUGCUCUUGGCAGCGAUGGAGGGAGACACAGAUGCAGACGCCGAGUCCCUCACACUCUCCGGCACCACCACCCUACUCCACACUCCACCUCCUCUCUCCUGGUCAUGGCAGAGGCUUCCAACCAGGUGUCUGCUCCCCGCCUGGUGCUCCUCGAUUCUGCCUCCCCUCAGCAGCCCCGAGAUUCCUUUAAAACCCUUGUCAGAUCAGCUUCAAAACUUGAAAGCCCUUCCCUUGGUCUCUGGGGUGCUGUGUGCUUUGGCCCCGGUCUGUCUUAGGCCCCCGAUCCCAGGCUCCCUCGUGCUUCCUCUGCUCCAACCACCCCGAUCCCUUUGCUGUUCCUUCUCAGACACGCUGAGCCCGGUGCCCCGGGAAUGUGUGCACUUCCUUUCCCUCGACUGCAGUGCUCCCCGACAGCUCUUCCUUGUCUCCUACAUUCGCUGCCCAAAUGUCCCUGUUCUGCGGCCUUGUUCCAGUCCAUCAUUAGUAUCAUGCAAGAAAUUACCUUGAGGGCGCCUGGGUGGCUCAGUUGGUUGGGCGACUGCCUUCGGCUCAGGUCGUGAUCCUGGAGUCCCUGGAUCGAGUCCUGCAUCGGGCUCCCUGCUCGGCGGGGAGUCUGCUUCUCUCUCUGACCCUCCCCCCUCUCAUGUGCUGUCUCUCUCAUUCUCUCUGUCUCAAAUAAAUAAAAUCUUAAAAAAGAAAAAAAAAGAAAUUACCUUGAGGCCCAGGUAGCCUCCAAGCAUCGCACCCCGCAAGCUCUCCCGGGGACACCGCAGAGAAAGGCUCUUGGGCUGCAUCUAAAUGCUCAAAUCACAGCUUAUUAAAUCAGUUAGAAAUGCGGUAAGCAAGGGAGAAAAGAUGCGCAAGCUGCCAGUUUGGUGGGCAAGCGGGUGAGAGCCCCGCUGUGGGAGUCAAGCGCGUGCUCGCUCGUACAUCUCGGCUCUCCUUUUGGGCCCCUGGGACAGAUGCGGGGCAGCGAGCCGGGCCACACCCGCACUCCCCGCGGUUUGUGGGACAGACGCAGGCUUUGUCUGCGAGCUCCUGGGGGGCCCAAAGCAGGGCUCAUCUAAGGCCCCCUGUUUACUGAGGGCUUUAUGGGACUCUUGUGUCAAUGAAUUCCAAAUAUUUACUGUCUCAUACAUUUAGCCAGAUCUCUGGACUCUGUCAUCCCUACAAUCUCUAUUGAACGACAUAUGCUCUACUUACUGUUUAUCCAUACUUGAAAUAUCUUAAAGGUUUUGGCCUCUAUGUUACUAACCAAAAACAUCUUUUAUAAUAAAAUUGCUAAUUUUCAAAAGUAAA